AUGAAUAAUAAUCAGCAGGAUGCCUCCAUCUAUGCCAACGUAGGGUUUCAGCAUGAGGAAGGGAGACCCCCACCAACCCCACAACCCCCCAGCAAUGUUGCCCCCCUCUAUGACAACGGAGGGUUUCAGCAUGAGGAAGGGAGACCCCCACCAACCCCACAACCCCCCAGCAAUGUUGCCCCCCUCUAUGACAACGGAGGGUUUCAGCAUGAGGAAGGGAGACCCCCACCAACCCCACAACCCCCCAGCUGUGUUGCCCCCCUCUAUGCCAACGGAGGGUUUCAGCAUGAGGAAGGGAGACCCCCACAACCCCCCAGCUGUGUUGCCGUCACUCCUACAGUAGACACCAACCACACUACAGCACCUGGAACCCCACAUGACACACCACAAGAGAAAGGAAAGAAGAAAUGUCAGCGGAAAUAUAUACUGUGUGGCUCUCUGUGUGCGCUCCUUGUCCUGGCGGUGGCCAUCCUGCUCUGGUACUUCUUAUACUACCAGUGUUUACAGGGGAAGUCGUGUAAAUGUGAUGGAAAGUGUUUGAGCUCCUCCCAGUGGUGUGAUGGUGUUAAAGACUGCCCUCAUGGAGAGGAUGAAUCUCACUGCUUUCGCCUCCACGGGACCAACUUCAUGCUGCAAAGUUACUCAGAUGCCAACCAGACGUGGUUGCCGGUUUGUGCUGACAACUGGGACGACGACUAUGGCAGAGCUGUGUGUGAGCAGAUGGGCUACAACGGAAGCCAUUACGUGUCCUCCACCCAGAUCACUGCAGGUUCUUUGGUAUCCAGAGGAUCCAUGAAGCUGAAGCCUGGUUUUUACCAUGGAUCACGUAUAAAGUCUCAUCUUGAACACAGCAAGAGUUGCUCAGCUAAUGCAGUCAAGCUUCAGUGUAUCGAAUGUGGACGGAGUGAAGCUUCCCCCAGUUCUCGUAUUGUGGGGGGUACAUACGCAGUAAAUGGGGCCUGGCCGUGGCAGGUCAGCCUCCAGAUUCCUUAUCAACACGUUUGUGGAGGCUCCAUUAUCAGCCCUUAUUGGAUCCUAUCUGCUGCACACUGCUUCGAAAAGUACUCCGGUCCUGAAUCUUGGACGGUACGGUCAGGCCACGUGAGGUUGUCUAGGAUGAUCUCUGGCAACACAGUGAACAAAAUUAUCAGUCAUCAACAAUACAACCCAAAAACUCGUGACAAUGACAUCGCUCUCCUAAAGCUCAAUACACCUCUGACAUUUUCAAGGACAGUGAGGCCAGUGUGUCUCCCCAACAUGGGUGUGGACCUCUCUGCUGGACAAAGCGCCUGGAUCACAGGAUGGGGAGCCUUAAGUUCAUCUGGAUGGUACCCUGAUAGACUGAACCAGGCCCAGGUGACUGUUUACAGCAGAGAGGAAUGUAACGUCCCUCAUGUGUUAGAUGGAAAUGUCACUGAGACCAUGAUCUGUGCCGGCAAACUGGCGGGAGGAGUGGACUCAUGUAAGGGUGACAAUGGAGGACCCCUGGUGAUUAAGCAGGGAGGUGUAUGGUGGCUGGCAGGGGACACUAGCUGGGGGAUUGGAUGUGCUUGGAGGAACAAGCCAGGAGUCUACGGGAAUGUGACCUAUUUCGUCAACUGGGUGUAUGAACAAAUGCAGAAUGAGUGA